AUGCAUCCUACUUGGUUCCAGCAGUUCAAGGAAUCCAAGAAGCCUGGCUUUAAGAUGCCCCCUUCUCGCCACCGAAUUAUCAUCGCACCCCCCAUGUCACUCCAUGAUACCAGGGAAUGCAGCAUUGCGGUUCAAAAUGUUCCUACCCAUGAAGUGGAUUCUUCAACCCAAUCCUACAAAACAGUCAACACCUGGCAGGAAGAAAAGCCAAAGGAAAAUGAAGACCAGGCGCACGUAUGGCUGGCUCAGAGGCUGAAAACAAAGAGAGACCUGGAAACUUUUGUGAACCUUGAGAAAUGGAUCUAUAGCAAACCCAGGACCUCAAAGUUAGAGAACCGGGUGUUAAAGAAGAUUUACAGCAACAGAGAGAAGCAUCUGGCUGCCCAGAGAGAAGCCCCAGCUGCCCCAGUGGAGACCACAAAAUCGGUCCGGCGGAAACGCAGAUGUAUUCCCUCACUCAUUGUGCCCGAACCCUCGUGCCUGAACAUCCUCUAUGACUACCUGUUAAGACACAAGAUCAAAGUGGUCGACAUGUUCUGCAAAGCAGAAUGGGAACAACAGAAGAUCUCCAGGGAGGAGUUCGUGGAAGGGAUGAAAAGAGUGGGUGCUCCUCUGACCGAACGCGAGUUCGAGGAUGUGGUGAUCUAUCUCAGCUCCAUGAACAAAUACAGCAUAAUCUACCGGGAAGACCUAGUAACUUCAUAUAGAUCCUGGGUUGCUGCCAAGAAGAGUGAUUUCCAAGAGAAAAAGAAAAAUUUUAACUACUGGAAAAGCAGAUUCGGGAAACAGAUCGUCAAAGCUAAGAAGGCAAAAGUUUUGACUCCCCCAUCCUCCUCUCCAAAACUACCCUUAUUGGAGGUGCCUCCAAUCAACACUGAGCCAGACAGAAUGUAUCUGACCUAUGAGGAUAUGGAGGAAGCCGGGAAACGAUACAGGGAGCUGAGGAGACGAUCUAAGAAAAAAAUCAAUCCUUUGCUGUACAUGGAAAAGUGCCGCAUGGUACGAACAGGCAACAAGGCCUUUGAUGACCACUGCCUCCCAUCCACUGUGGCCAAUGAGUUGGGGGAGAUGACCAACGCCUUCCGACGAGCUACCUUUUUGGUCUAUCUGAACAGCCUGAAGGCCUGUGAAGCCUACCAAAUUCCACUGACUGAAAAGACCCUUAUGAAAGCUCUACUUUACCCUGGAGACAAGCUCAUCAUGGAGAAAGGGAAUGUUCUCAAACUCAGACAGCCAGGAGGCUAUUAUGAUGAAGUAAAAGAAUUUUUGCCAACUGUAACCAAGCUCCACACGAUAGAAGAAUCGGUAGCUAUGAAGAAACUGAAGAAGCCAAUUACGAAAAUGAGCUUUAGGGAGUUUGAGACUCUGAGCAGGAAACUCAAGCACAAGUGCCACCAAAAGACUUACAGUGAGGUUCAGGGCACCCACCCUAAUUUCUUCUGGCCGGGACACCUCCUGGAUAAACUGCUGAUAUACCUUCCCAGCAAGAAGUGGGAAAGGCAACUGGUCCUUUUCAGCCGGGUGGAAAAGUUGCCUCACUCCUACCCAGCCACCUACCAUCCUGACCGCUUUUGGCCUAUUUCCGAUACAGGCUACGUAACCUUUGGCAAUUUUGAUUUUUCUAAAAGAUACUGUUGA